CUGCUGCCCACGUCCUACAGCUCCGAGAGGCCCCAGCGUCACUCGCCUCUGCAGCCGGUGGGGCUUCAGGCCAAGACGCCUCCCUGUCCCCACUUCCCUUUGCAGCUUCAGACCCAGCCGGACCCCCAUCCGGGCAGAUUCCAGAGCCAGCUGUCGCUGAGGGAGGACACUGUGAGAAGCGGGGGUGGCUGCGGCGGCUUUUGGCCGUGUUCCCAGCAAGCAGCGGCCUGUGCGGAGGACACGGAAGACUGCGGCCGGAAACCACAGCGCAGGAAGGGGGAUAAAGGGGGCAGGCCUCAGGGCAGGCACCCACCGGAGGGCAUGGCACUGCUCCUGCUGAGCCUGGAGCUGAGCCUGGUCUCCGCCCAGGACUUCAACCUCCAGAGAAUCGUGCGGAGAAACCAUGACAUCUCCAAGGUUUUGGGGACCUGGUAUUCUAUUUCCAUGGCCGCAGACGACAUGAGGCGGAUAGAAGAAGACGGGGAUCUGAGGGUCUUCAUACAGAGUAUCGAAAGCUUAGAAAAUGGUGGCCUGAAGUUCAGCUUCCACUUCAUGUUGCAUACUGAGUGCGUGGAUGUGGCCAUGGUCUGUGAUAAAACGGACAAGAACGGAGAAUACACCAUCACCUACUUGGGGGAGAACCGGCUGCAGGUCUUGGAGGCCGACUACCUGCGGUACGUGACCUUCCACCUGCGGAACUUCAGGAACGGGACGGAGACGCAAGUGCUGGCGCUCUACGGACGGUUCCCAGAGCUGAAACCCAGCUUCCUGUACAGAUUUGAAAAAAUCUGCAAAUCACACGGACUCGGCCCAGAAAAUAUCGUCAACCUCAGCAACAACGAUCCUUGUAGAAAGCACAGGAGGUAGAGGAGCCCACCCAGGCCUUCCGUUCUGGAACCCAGAAGUCUGAAAUCCAGGUGUGGGCAGGGCUGAGCUCCCUCUGGAGGCUCCGGGGAGGGUCCUUCCUGCUGCGUCCAGCUCUUCGGGCUUGUGGCCACAUCACCCCAGUCUCAGCUCCGUGGUCACACGGCUUCUCCUCUGUGGCCGUGUCUCUCGUCUUCUCUCUCUUGUGAGGACACCUGCCGUUGGUGGAGGGCCCACCGGGUUUAUCCAGGAUGACCUCGUCUCAAUAGCCUCACCCUAAUCCCAUCUGCAAAGGAUCUUUUUCCAGAUAAGGUCCUGUUCACCGGUUCCAGACGCUGAGAUCUGAACGCGGACGUAUUUGGGUUGGGGGGGGGGCACCAUCCACCCCACACAGGCUCCUUCUCCAGCUGGCCUCCCUCCUCAGGAACCAGCCCCCCUCCAAGUAAGACCACCUCUCCUUCCCCAGGGACUGCCCCUCUGGAGCAUCUCAUCUGAGAAGUGGAGGCCCUCUGAUGAGCAUCUGUGAGGUUUGGGGGGCGGGUCCUAAGGUAGCCAACCAGGUCCUGCCUCUCCCCGCUCCCCGCUCAGUGUCCCUCGGAGACACGUGACCCCUGCCCUCACCCCACGUCUUGGUGAAUACAUGGGGGGUCCCAAUAGCCCACGGUUAUUUCGUGGGUUAAAAGUGAUCGUCCACUGGGCAUCCACCCAAGAGACGUAAAAACGCGUCCACACAAAGCCCUCUGCAUACUCUGUGCAUCCUGCUCCAGCUGUGACAGCCCGUGUCCCCCAGCAGGCGAGCGGCUGAACAAAGUGUGGUCCAGCCACGCAGCGGACACAGCUCCACGGGAAAGGGGCAGGACGAUGGGUCUCAAGGCUGCUCUGUGGGAUUCCGUUCACACAACAAUCUCCAGGUGGCAAAACUGCAGUGAUUUCAGGGGCUAGCGGCGGGAGGGGCCAGACGAGAAGGGUGUUCUCGUGGGGAUGGAAGGUUCUGUGCCUGGGCUGCGGCGGACACGGGAGCCCGGCACGAAAUACACACUCACACCCACAGCACCCGUGUCGAGGGACCUGCACGGGUGGUACCAACGCCAGCGUCCGGGGGGGGUGCUGCCCCACAGCCGCGCAAGAGGUCAGCAGGGGGGAGAGUGGACGAAGGGACCCGGGAGCUGUCUGUAUUCGUUCUCACACCUGCAUGUAAGUCCUCAGUUCUCUCAAAAUAAAAGGUUAAAAA